AUGAUUGCGAUUCAAACCGUACCGUCUACAGAUGCUGUACGACCUGACGACCACGUAAAGCGACUUGAUUUUUCUUCUAACAUGCAGGAGGCAAUGGAAGACGACGAAUUUGCUAACUGUCUGGUAUUCAGCGACGAAGCGACAUUUGAUUCAAGUGGAAAGGUGAAUCGUCAUAACAUUCGGAUAUCGGGCACGGAAAAUCCUCAUAUGAUUGUGCAACAUGAAAGGGAUUCUCCAAAAUUGAAUGUCUUCUGUGCAAUAUCCAAAAAUAAAGUGUACGGGCCUUUUUUCUUUCAUGAAAAUACUGUGAACAGUUCAUCCUACCUAGAUAUGUUGCAUUUGUGGUUAUUUCCGCAACUAACAGAAGAUUCUACAACUUCAUAUUCCAACAAGAUGGAGCUCCGCCUCACUGGUAUCAUGAGGUGCGUCGGUAUUUAA